ACGCCCAUUAGGGACAGGGUAAGACCCUGUGUCUGAGGACACAGUAAAAAAUCCGAAAACCCAAACGCAAUUUCUCUUUCUCUCUCAUACCCCUCUCUCUCUCUCUCUCUCUCAACAUUUUUAGGAAAAGCAGACUUUGGUUAAGCUCUGAGCUGUACAAAAGCCAUAGUUACCAACCCCAAAGGAUCUGCAACACUCUCUCUCUCUCUGCGAGUUCAUAGCCGUCUGUAUAGCGCGUGAAGUGGUCUCUCUUUGUCAACGUCGUCAGCAAGAAGGCUGCGGAAGUAGACCAACUUCUUCAUCUGCAGGCAAAUCAAGGAAGCGAGAAUGGCAAGUCGAUUAAAGGAGGAUGAGAAGAAUGAACGGAUUAUUCGCGGUUUGCUCAAACUUCCCGAGAAUCGCAGAUGCAUUAACUGCAAUAGUCUGGGACCACAAUAUGUUUGCACAAAUUUCUGGACAUUUGUAUGCACAACCUGUAGUGGGAUACAUCGGGAGUUCACACAUAGAGUAAAGUCGGUAUCGAUGGCUAACUUUACUACACAAGAAGUUAGUGCUCUUCAAGAAGGAGGAAACCAGCGUGCAAAAGACAUUUACUUUAAAGAAUGGGAUCCACAGCGUAAUUCUUCUCCUGACAGCAGUAAUGUUGAGAGACUACGAGACUUUAUUAAACAUGUUUAUGUGGAUAGAAGAUAUACUGGUGAGAGGAACUAUGACAAACCUCCUAGGGUGAAGAUGGGUGACAAGGAAGAUGAAUACAGAAGAACAGAUUCAUAUCAAGGAGGGUCUAGAAGCCCACCAUACGAGGAUAGUGGUCGUUACAGUGGUAAAUCCAGUCCUGGUGGAAGAAGUUAUGAUGAACGAAGGAGUCCUGGAUAUGAUCAAGAAAGUCGGCAGUAUGGUGAUUAUAGGAAAAGUCCUGUCCGCCAUGAAAUUGUCAACGAUUGGCGCCGAGAUGAUAGAUUUGGAAAUGAAAGGAGGUAUGAAGAUCGUAGAAUAUCUGAUGGAGAUUCUAAACUUGAAAGCAGGUCACCUGAGCGACCUAAAGAUCUAGAUUCAUCCAGUCCUCCUAUAGUAAGGCCUGUUAGAGAUAUUUUGGGUGAGAACACAAUACCUCUUCGUAUUAGUGAGCCUCCAAAACCUGGUGGCAGGACUGCUGAUGGCUCUGCACAUACACAGAGAACUGUGUCGUCCAGUAGCUUGGGAUCCAACAAUGGGAACCAAGUAGAAGUUAAAGUGGAGACCCCUAGAAGUUUAAUUGAUUUUGAUGCUGAUCCUGAACCUCCUGUUGCUGCAGCAGUUCCUCAAGCACAGCAAUCUACUACAGUUCAGCCUACUGCACAGCCAGCAAAUUCAGCCAAUGACAACAACUGGGCCUCUUUUGAUGUUGUUACCCAGCCAAAAGUGCCUCAAGCUCCUUCUAAUGUGAAUUCACUGGAAUCUGUUCUAUCACAAUUGUCUAUUUCAGCACCUGCCGCUGCUCAUGUUUCUAUAACACCAGGGCUAUCCGUGAUGCCUGCUGCUGUUCAUUUGCCUGCAGCCACAUCAGUAAGCAACUUGUCCACAUUUCCCCCUAGUGGUGCUUCAAUGGCUGCACCUGUACUUGCACCAGUACUACCUGGCAAUGGUGGUAAUUCCUUUGUCAAUGUUCCUGGGGCUGGGCAGUGGUCUACCAUGCAUCAGCAACCUUCUUUAUUUCCUGCUACUGGUAAUCAGUCAACUACUCAAUCGUUUAUACGGUCAGUUGCUGGACCUCCAAGCAAUCAGCCAUGGAAUAUACCUGCUGCUCCUAAUGUGCAAGGGCAUCUGAGUAGUUCAGCUGCACAAGCAACUCAAGCUGCGCCAAAACCUGUCCAUGAGGUCACUUCUGGUGUUGCAUCACAACCUUCGGCAGAUAUAAAAUCAGCUGGAAGAAGAGAACUGCCUCAGGAUCUUUUUACUGCAAGCCAUCCAGCCUUUCAUGCACCAGUACCUGGGUGGCAAGCUGGUGUACCCGGUGGUAUGGGUUUCUCUAUGCAAUAUCGUACUGCAAUGCCCAUGUCCACUUUCCAGCAAUCAUCAAAGUCAAUAAACCCAUUUGAUGUGAACAGUGAACCCACUCCAGUUCAAGCCCCAACAUUUCCUUCCAUGGCAUCCCUGCAAGGUACUCCGCCGAACAUGCUGCCUCCAUCAGGCUUAGUGCAUACUUCCAGCGUCGGUACUCCACCAGCAUGGAUGCCCCAGUCAUCGUCAUAUACACCAGGAUUGCUGCCCCAAGCACCCCCUUAUGCAUCAUCAGUAUCUCCAAGGACCUACAUGGGGCAGCAAGUUCCUAAUAACAUGCCACCUUCCGGGCAUCAAGGAGUUCCAGGCUUUGGUUCUGAAGGGGCUGCUUUUGGCUCCUUAAAUUUGGAUCAACAGUUGGCCGGUAGAUUCUCAGCACCUAGUACCCCAAGUCCUUUCUCAUCUGUUGGGGGGAACCCAUUUGGAUAAACAAGAAAGAUGGAAUAUCUCUAACCCCAUUUAGGGUAAGCAUCAACUUGUUGCUGCCUGUCAAAUUGCUGGGCGGGAAAGUUUUGGUUUCUGUAUUCUUGUCGUUUUUUUGUUAAAUCCAGCCUAAAAUUUGUUUCUACCAUCCUGGGGGUAAGUCAUAAAAAAUCCUCAUUAGCCUUGUAAAAUUCGUUUGAUUCUGUAAGAAAAGAGAGAGAGAGAGAGAGAGAGAGAGAGAGAGAGAGAGAGAGAGAGAGAGUGUGUGUGUGUGCUGUAAGAAGGGAGAGAGUAUAUAAUUGAAAGGGAAAAGAAGGCACAGUCGCCUCAAGCUAUUGGUAUUGGUAUUGUUCUCUGUCGGGUGAUAUGUGUGUAUUUGCUUCGUCUCGGAGUUGAUCCGCAUUCUUUUAUGCUGAAGUUGUAUGAUUUUGCAAUCUCUUAAAUUAUGUGAUGUUAUAAUGGGAAUACAGUUUGUAUGUUGAA